AUGAAGUUGGCUGGACAUAAAGUUUACUGGACCUCAAGUAGUCUGUGUCACCCGACGGGAGUCAGAAACGUCAUUUUUGUGCGGACCGGCGACUCGACGGACCCCGGCCGAGGACGCCGCUCGAACCGCGGGAGUCGCGGUUGCGGAGGAGCGCGCCGAUACGAGUCGGAGACGGCUCGUACAGUCGGCGCGCGAGAGCGGUCCGGACGAAGACAUUCGGGAACCGACGACGAAGACGCUCGUCAACUGCGGACGAAGAUGCCGGUCGACGCGCGAGGAAGAUGCUCCGGAACACGGGAAGAACACCACGCUCCCGAGUGCGGGAAGACACUCGUCGACGCAGAAGGAGAAACGCAUCGAUGUCUUCGGGCCGGUGCGAUUGUUUUAAAGACGAUUUAACGUGUCAAAUGAAUGCACGUGUCGUUUGUAACGAUUGUUAUAAUGUUUGUAGUAUUGUUUUUAGAGACCGACUCUGCGAAGACGGAGGAAGUCGAUACUUGUCGAGAAUGAAUUUAUUGAAGAUGUUGCCUGUGAUCACUAGGUGUUUGCACUAAUUUUGGGAGAAGAUUACGAUCGUAGAACGUCACGGAAUGCGGCGCGCACGUCAUUUGUGGCGGGACGCAUCCAUAAAUAACGGCAGCGUAAAUACGAGAUAACGCGGCGGCGGCUGGGACGCGCGCCUUCUGAAAGUAAAAGAACGGGGGAGAUCGGACCGACACGGAUGGUGUUGUCGAGGUAACCGAUAAGAAUGGAGAAAUGAUGACUAUUUGGUGGGUUUUUUAGGACAGAGAGAGUAGUUAUAUAUUAGUGAAGAUAUAAAGUAAAAGGUGAUAAGGAUGGUGAUGGGGGACAACGAAUGAUAUAUUUUGUAGGGUAUUAAAGUAAUUGACGCGCUAGUGCCGAGUCGGCGUAAUUGUGAGAAACGGAUGCGACGGGGAUUUUGAAGAAGUCGCGCGGUAGAGGAAUUGCGGGGAAAUUGGCGGAAGCGACGAUCGCAAUAACCUUUAGAUGCGGGACGGGCGACGACGAAUUUAGUAAAUGGCGGUUUAGGAAAGGGUCGUACGUAAAGCGGCGGGCGCGUGCGGAUACGGACGACGGUGGAUCGGGGUCCGUUUACGGGACGGGAAAGAGGACCGACGGAGACGAGGCGGCGCACAAACGAAAGUCUCCUAGGUACUGCCUGGAAGUACGGCAGUAGUUACGGAAGUAUACCCGCGAGAUGCGUAAAGAAUGAUUUGGAAGUAGAGUUAGCUAAGAGUCGCGUGUUUGAAAUGGCGGGAAGGUUUGAUAGGUGUAUUAGUUUUAUGUAAUUGUGGCAGUGCGUUUGAGAGCGGGGGGGGGUACCUAUUUUGAGACCGCGACAUCUACCGGUAAGGAAAUAUGCGAUGCAGCAGUAAUAUAUUUUUGGUUAAUAGUAGUUUCAUAUAUUUGGCAUGAAUUUAUACUCGUUCACCCGUACUCCGUGUUGUUCCACUCGCGUUAAGGUGUUUAUUGUGAAGGCGUUUGUAUAAUAAUAAAAUUUGGCGGACGAGUAGGAUAAGCGGAAGGGGAAGGAAUACGAGCACAAUGUUUAAUUUGUAAGCCCUCCCUUUGUUGUCUUUUCCCUCUGUUGUCUUUUCCCUCUGUCUCCCCGUCGUCGUCCUCCUUUUUGGACGCGUUCCUCGUUUCUCUGUUUGUCGUGCGGUUUCUUCUCCCUCCGUUUUAUUGUGACUCCCUUCGUUUUUCUCCCCCCUACCUGCUUCUGUCCGUCGUCGUCGUUGUCUUCCUGUUUCCUUGUUUUACUCCUCCUCUUUGCCUUUUGUCUUCCUCGUUUCAUUGUUUAUUGUUUUGCUUGUUCUCCCUCUGUUCCUCCUCCUCCUCUGUUUGAUUGUGAUUCCCUUCUUGUUUCUCACCCUCCCAUUGCUCUUGACCCUGUUGUUACUCCCGUUUGUUUGUUGCUUUCUUUUCCCUUUGUUGGUUGUUUUUGUGUCCUUGUAUACGUUUGUUGUUACUAAUUGAAUUUGUGGUU